AUGAAUCUGCAUGCAUGCCAAUACAGGCGCAGCCGCAGGAAGCAAGGAGCAGGUUUGAUUCUUGCUCGGAAAGCCACACAGGAGCCGGAUGCCCCGGCGUCUUUCUGGUCUAAGACAGUCAAGGGAACACUGAAAAGGUGGACCACAUCCGAGAGGGACAGUGAGAGUGCCAGCAACGCCACCAAAAAAGGAUCCUCGACACAGAAUGGCUCAUCUCAACGUAGCAGGCAGAAAUUGGGCAGUGGCACAGUGAAGCAGAGGGUUUCACAGGGAAGUAAGCGCGGGAAGACAAUUAAGCAGACGUCUGGAGAGACCAGAGGGCAGGCGAAAAGCAGUAGAAAGGGUGGGCGCUUCUAUUGGAACAUCACAGGGUUUCCAUUUCCUCUGGGACCGCUCCUCACAAGAAGGACGAUACGAUAUGAGGUGGAGCGCGGCAGUAUGUGGACAUUCGAGCAGGAGCAGGCGCUGGGAUUUAGUAAUGUGACCACCAACGUGCGCAUGACUGUCAUCAAGCUGCGCAGCGGGGGGCUCUGGGUGCACGCCCCCAUCGCGCCCACCAAGGAGUGUGUGGCGCUGGUGAAGGAGCUGGGGGCACCAGUGGAGCACAUAGUGCUGCCAACAUUCGCAGUAGAGCACAAGCUGUUCGUGGGGCCGUUCUCGCGCGCGUUCCCUUCUGCGCAGGUCCACGUGGCACCCAGGCAAUGGAGCUGGCCGCUGUGGCUGCCGGUGCAGUUCUUCGGCAUAUUCCCCUCCAGCAUCCUGGUAGACAACGACGCAUCCACCCCCUGGGCUGACGAGCUCGAGCAGAAGAUCUUCUCCUCAGCUGUUGGCAUUGGGCCCUUCUUGGAGGUGGCAUUCUUCCACAAGGCCACAAGAACGCUGCUCACCACCGAUUCAGUCAUCAUGGUUCCCCAAACCGCCCCAGAGGUGAGUUUAUUUGUCCUCACAAAAAGUGCAGUAGCCAAUCUAGGCCACCAGACAGGUAAUUACCUUUUAAGAGCAGAGCUGAAAUGUCAAUGUCUUUUUCUUGGAACAGGCUGGCAGCGGAUGGCGCUGCAGAUUCUUUAUUUCGUGCCCUUCAACCUGCUGCAGCCGGCGCGCAGCUUCGCGGCAGUUUCCGGGAAGCUUCUGGUCUCGCCGGUGCUGAAGAAACUGGUGUUUUUGAACUCGCGGGAAGAGACAAGGAGGUGGGUGAGUGACAUAACCAGCAGUUGGGAGUUCCGGCGAAUUAUCCCUGCACACUUUGCUGCGCCUGUACAGGCAACGCCCCAGGACUUCAGGGCGGCAUUUGCAUUUGUGUUUAGCGAGGAGGAGGCCGCGCAGCCGAGCAAGGAGGGUGGGUUCCUGGGUCGGCUGUGGAUCUUGAAUUCGAAUUCGAAAGCGCGCGCGGUGACCGAGUUCCCGGCGGAUGACAUGCGCGCGCUGGACGGCCUGGAGCGUAUCCUGCGCCAGGCGGGCGUGCUGAACAAAUGA